CUUCGUCAGUGUCACACCUCGCCGUUAUUCUCUCUUUUCACAGUAUAGACUUCAGUGACUGAAUUACAAUGAUUAACAAAUAGAUUUCCUCUGUUCUCUUCUCCGCUUGUGUGUUUGGCUGGAUCUCUCUAUUCCCACAAAUCAUCACAUUAAGGAAGGCGGAGGGAGGAGCUAUCCGUCAGCGGUGGCACCCUGCUCUGCUCCGCUGUCAUCGCGGACUAAAGCGGUCUCUAGAUGGAUAUCACACCGAACAGCAGCCGGAGAGAGGAGAGAGAGGGUCUAUGGAACUUCACACGUUGGAGCGUUUCUAUGGAUGAACACUGUUUAAUCUGUAGACAAGGAUAAUAACCUUCUCGUCUAUCUUCCCGAAUAUUAGCCUAUUCUUCUGCUGCUCAAGUGAAAGGUGUGUGAUGGAGCAGCUCCAGCUGGAGUAGCAUUGCUGGACAUCAUGUCACGCUGGGACACACAGAUCUGUGGAAACAGGAUACUACUGUGGUAGACUGGGGGAAGUCCUACUUCUAUGAUCAGCAGAUCACAUCCAGCUCCUUCAGCUGUCCUCCUGAAUUAGCCGCGGCUUCAUGAACUAAGAUUAAUACUCACUCUGGACACACUCCAAUGCAGCAGAGGAACAAGGCACUGUGAAGGAAGAGGAAAAUACUGCUUUGCCUUUGACGAACUCACAGUGAAAGGAGAAAAAGGACGGAAAAUGACUUUUCUUCAACGCUCCUUAGUGGUUGGUCCCUGGACAUCCAGAUGCCUUGUGUCCAUUGUCACGCCAGCGUGCGAGAUCGCCCCCUAGACUCCUUGACCCAGGAAAACAACCUUCUCCUCAGCAGCCUCCUCCCAUGUCUGAGUCUCACCAUGUAAUGCAGACAGAGAGGGGAGUUGAGAAUCUGUCUGCUACAGGAUAUGAGUAGUGAUCACUCUGCCACAGACGACGAGACCUGCCUGCAGGGAGGAGGAGGUGCAGGGGAGGAGCAGAAGAGAGCCAUGCAGCCUCAGUCUGAGGAACUCUUGACCAGGAAACUAAAGGCCCUGAACGGCAGCAUGGGGCCCCCAGCCCAGGGGACACAGCAGGGCAACAAGCCUGAUGGUGGUGGUGGUGGGGGGAAGACCAACGGGACAGGGGAGACAGGGGGGACAGGGACCACGCCCAUGCCCAAGGUGGGUAUCCGAGCCUGGGCUACAGACUGGCCUCCCGCCCCCCGGAGGGAUAUCUGUGAUGGAGGAUGCCAAAACUCUCCCAAAUAUGAGAGCAUCGUCACGGCGUUCCAUAACGACCAGCAGCCUCUCGAACAAUCAGCAGCGGCGAUACAGUCACAUGACCAGCCCCCUAUAGACUCUGACUACAGUGAAACUGUUGAGUCGGGGGAGGAUCCCAGGUACAGUCUGUCUGACCUAUUAGGACGCUCCCCUUUAAAGGGGGCGGGGCUCCAUCCCAUCCGCCAACGUUCCAACAGUGACGUCACCAUCAGUGAUAUCGACAGCGAGGACAUUAUAAUGGACGGUACUGCAGUGAACCCCAACACCGGCGCAGCUCUCCACCGGGAGUACGGCAGCACCUCCUCUAUCGACCGGCAGGGCCUGAGCGGGGACGGGUUCCAUACGCUGCUACGGGGUUACCGUAUCGACACCUUAGACCACACCCUCCACACCCUGACACACCCACAUCACUCCAUGCCCCGCCCACUGCUGGGCUUACCUGAGCUGCUGCAGCGCUAUGAUACCUCCCUCUCUCCCAGCCUGCAGACUGCCACCCAGAUCUCCAGAGGGGAGAUAGUGAGGAUGGCAGGGUAUGACUACGUGGAUCCCUCCAUCUUCUACUCCAGAGAGAGAGAGAAGAACUUCAUGGGACGCCUGAAGUCUGACUCAUCUGAGACCUCUAUGUUCAGGAAGCUGAGGACCAUCAAGAGCGAAGGAGAUGGGUUCAGGCUGUCUCUGGAUCAGGAUGACAGGAGACCCCUCAGCUUCCAGAAGUGUUUUGCCCACUACGACGUGCAGAGUGUCCUGUUUAACAUCAGUGAGGCUGUGGCCAGUAGGGCCACUCUCAGCCAGAGGAAGAACACAACCACUGGGGCCUCGGCUGCUUCACAGUACCAACCUGGAGCCAGAGGGGUUAGUGGAGCUCCAGGUUUAGGACCAGGACUUGGGCCGGGAGGUGGCCCGGGGACAGGGGUAGGACUGGGGGCAGAGGGAGGGCAAGGAGGUGGUCUUAGUAGUGGAACUACCAGUACCUCUAUGUUUGAGUCUCCUCUGGGCUCCCGAGAGGACCUGAACCCCAAAGAGAACCUGGACCAGGACGAGGGCGACGGGAAGAACAAUAGACUAGUCCUGGGGUGCCCCCACUUCCGUAAUGAGAUCGGUGGAGAAGGGGAGCGCAGAAUCAGUCUCUCCAGGGCUACCAACACCUCUUACAGCGGUGGAGGAGAGAGCUGCAGCUUCGAGUCCUCCCUCUCGUCCCACUGUACCAACGCUGGGGUGUCGGUGUUGGAGGUCCCGAGAGAGAACCAGCCUAUACACAGAGAGAAGGUGAAGAGAUACAUUAUAGAACAUAUUGAUCUGGGAGCAUUCUACUACCACAAGUUCUUCUAUGGGAAAGAACACCAGAACUACUUUGGAGUGGACGAGAACCUGGGUCCAGUAGCAGUCAGCAUCAGGAGAGAGAAGCUGGAUGAAGGCAAGGAGAAGGAAUGGAUGCAGUAUAACUACCGGGUCACCUUCAGGACCAGUCAGUUAACAACCCUACGUGGGGCAAUCCUGGAGGAUGCAGUCCCCUCCACGGCGAGACAUGGUACAGCCCGAGGCCUACCUCUAAAAGAGGUUCUGGAGUAUGUGAUGCCUGAACUCAACAUCCAUUGUCUCCGUCUGGCCCUCAACUCCCCCAAGGUCCCCGAGCAGCUCCUCAAACUGGAUGAACAGGGGUUGAGUUUCCAGCACAAGGUGGGGGUGCUGUACUGUAAGGCGGGCCAGAGUACAGAGGAGGAGAUGUACAACAACCAAUCAGCUGGUCCCGCCCUCGAUGAGUUCCUCGACCUAUUGGGACAGAGAGUGAAACUGAAGGGAUUCACCAAGUACAGAGCACAGCUCGACAACAGGACUGACUCAACAGGAACCUACUCCCUGUACACCACCUAUAAGGACUAUGAACUGAUGUUCCAUGUGUCAACCCUGCUCCCCUACACCCCCAACAACAGACAACAGCUCCUGAGGAAGAGGCACAUAGGGAACGACAUUGUGACCAUUGUGUUUCAGGAACCGGGGACUCUGCCCUUCACCCCUAAAAACAUCCGCUCACACUUCCAACACGUCUUUGUCAUCGUCAAGGUCCACAACCCCUGUACUGAGAACGUCUGCUACAGCGUUGCUGUCUCUCGUUCUAAAGAUGUCCCUCUGUUCGGCCCUCCAAUCCCCAAGGCAGUGACCUUCCCCAAGUCCGCUGUGUUCCGAGACUUCCUAUUGGCCAAGGUCAUCAAUGGGGAGAACGCCGCCCACAAAUCGGAGAAGUUCCGUGCCAUGGCAACCAGAACGCGCCAGGAGUACCUCCGCGACCUGGCCGAGAACUUCGUGUCCACGGCGACCAUGGACUCGGCUGUGAAGUUCAGUUUCAUCACACUGGGAGCCAAGAAGAAAGAGAAGGCCAAACCUCGUAAAGACGCUCACCUGUUCUCUGUCGGCGCCAUCACCUGGUCCGUCACCGCACGGGACUUUGGCCAAUCAGCAGACGUGGACUGUCUCUUGGGCGUGUCCAACGAGUUCAUCAUUUUAAUAGAGGAGCAGUCUAAGAACGUGGUCUUCAACUGUUCCUGUCGUGAUGUCAUCGGAUGGACAUCUGGGAUUAUUAGCAUCAAGAUCUUCUACGAGAGAGGAGAGUGUGUGCUGUUGUCUGCUCAGGAUGGCUGUGAAGAAGAUAUACGAGAAAUGGUGCAGAGACUAGAGAUAGUGACGCGUGGUUGUGAGACAUCUGAGAUGACACUGCGUCGGAACGCUCUGUGCCAGCUGGGUUUCCAUGUCAACUUCGAGGGCAUCGUGGCCGACGUUGAGGCCUUCGGGUUCGCUUGGAAGGCGGGGCUUCGCCAGGGUAGCCGAUUGGUGGAGAUCUGUAAGGUUGCCGUAGCAACGCUGACCCACGAACAGAUGAUCGACCUGCUGAGAACCUCCAUCGCCGUCAAGGUGGUCAUCAUCCAGCCUCAUGACGAUGGAGCGCCACGCAGGGGAUGUUCUGAGCUGUACCGUAUCCCAAUGGUAGAGUAUAAAUUGGACAGUGAGGGGACGCCAUGUGAGUACAAGACCCCAUUUAGACGAAACACCACCUGGCACAGGGUACCGACGUCAGCAGGUCAGCCGUCCAAUCCCAACACCCGGUGCUCCCCCACCCAGAGACACCCCGACCGGGCAGGCAGAGACAGGAUGGGACAGCAGGUCCUUCAGCAGGGACAGACUGCUAUCCCACGAUCCACCUCCUUCGAUAGAAAGCUGCCAGAUGGAUCCAGGGCUGACUGUGAGAACCCGCAGGUGACCGUGUGUAAUAAGGGAGACCAGCACUACCGCAGUUCCCCUAGCAACCAGUCGUCGUCUAGUGACCCAGGACCCUGUGGAAGUGGAACCUGGUCUCAACCUCCUGGAUACGACGGGUCCUCGGUCCUCCAUGAGUGCUCCAGAGAGCUACAGGGGGGAGACAGAGAGGGGUACAGGGACACCCUCAGAGAGCCCACCCUUGAGAGUACCCGGUUGGCAGAGGCCAAGUGGCACAUCCCCUCCACCAAGAUCCUCAACUCUCGGAAACAGAGGGAUGGGGGCAAGGAUUCGCCCAACAAGCAGAACCGGGGGGGAGAGAAGACAUCCAGUCACUCCAGCUGUAACACCCUCUCCUCCAACGCCUCCUCCAAUAACAGUGAUGAUAAACACUUUGGCUCUGGAGAUCUGAUGGAUCCUGAGAUCCUGGGGUUGACGUACAUUAAAGGAGCCUCAACAGACAGCGGGAUCGACACCAACCCCUGUAUGGGGCCUGGGGGGAGGUUACUAAUGCAGGGGGGUUGUGGGGGUGAGGGGGGAAACACCAAGGAUGGCUGCGAAGGAGAGGAUCAUGGGAAACUUUACCUGCCCCAAGGAUAUGCGUCAGCGAUCAUGAGUGGUCACGUGACAGAGGGAAGCAUUGGGGACCUGAGUGAGAUCUCAUCACAUUCACACUCCUCCCACUCCAGUGGGUCCCACCACAGUGGCAGUCCCCUAGCGCGGGGAGCCCGGUACUGUGUAUCAGCUGACUCCUCCCGGGUCUACACAUUCCCUCAGACCAGCUCAGGGGCAGGCCCUGGGCAAGGGGCAGGGCUAGAAGCCAGUGGACAGACACGCCCACUUCCUGGUUCCAAACGCCUGAUGAAGACUGAAGACUCGCCCACUAACGAAGAGCCUAAACUGUUAGAGUGUGGAGGAGCAGAGGGCUUGUUAGCUUUCCUCCUUAAAACGCUGUCUGAGCGCUCCAGGCAGUUGUACCUCCAGGAGGCAGCGUGUCACCAGGCAGCAGAUAGGGAGAGAGAGGCCAAGGCCCUGGAGAAGCUGUCUAAAGAAGAGUACCUAAAGAUGAUGCUGGAGGACAGUGGCCCAGGGGAGGAGGGACGGAGGAAGAUGUCUGCGACGGGCAGCCUAUCACCACGGCGCUCCCUGUACCGUACCCUAUCAGACGAGAGUGUGUGUAGCAGCAACAGAAAGGGCUCGUCCUACGCCUCCUCCCAUAGCUCCAUGCUGGACCAGGCGCUGCCCAAUGACAUCCUGUUCUCCACCACUCCACCCUAUCACGCCACCCUGCCACCACGCAUGCCAGGACAGGGGGUCUCCAACCUCAGGAAUGAGUUCUGGUUCUCUGACGGCUCGCUGGCUGACAGGUCAAAGUUCAACGACCCUGGUCUCAUGCCCCUCCCUGACUCCGCCUCCGGACUCGACUGGUCACACCUAGUGGACGCUGCACGCACUUUCGAAGACCAGCGGGUGGCGUCUUUCUGCACCAUGACAGAUAUGCAGAGGGCCGAGGCGCUCCAAAUCUCACAGGAACUGACCAGACGCGUGGCUGCAGCUGAGGGGGCCGCCCUAGAGGCAGGGAACAACUCCCCAUCCACUCUGACUGGUAAAGUCAACCAACUGGAGGUGAUCCUGAGACAACUGCAGUAUGAUCUCAGAAAGGAGAAGGAGGACAAGGUGUUGCUGCAGGUAGAGGUGCAGCACCUGAGACAAGACAACAUGAGACUACAGGAGGAGAGUCAGACAUCAGCCGCUCAACUCAGGAAGUUUACUGAAUGGUUCUUCCACACUAUCGACAAGAAACCCUGAAACUCUACUGGACUACUAAUGCCCCUGGGGAACAAUGGAACUCUACUACCCCAGGGGGUAACAGAACUCUGAGGACUACUGCCAUACUACUGCACUGAGAGAGACCUACUGCCCAAGGAGCAAUGGAACCCUCUACUGCCCUGGGGGGGACUUGACUUCUCGAAUGCCACAUGGACAGAACAUUUCUACAAACUACAACUCCCUGGGGCCCCAGGGACAAAAACAUAACUAUUCAAGAAAACCCUGUGCUGUGUGGGAGAGCCUGUCCUGGGGGACCCCUCUUUCUCUGUCCCCUGGGGAUCCCUCUGUCCUGGGGAACCCCUCUUUCUCUGUCCCCCGGGGAUCUCUCUGUCCUGGGGAACCCUCUUUCUCUGUCCCCUGGGGAACCCCUCUGUCCUGGGGAACCCCUCUUUCUCUGUCCCCUGGGGAAUCCCUCUUUCUCUGUCCCCUACGGAACCCUCUUUCUCUGUCCCCUGGGGAACCCCUCUUUCUCUGUCCCCUGGGGAACCCUUCUUUCUCUGUCCCCUGGGGAACCCCUUUUCUCUGUCCCCUAGGGAACCCUCUUUCUCUGUCCCCUGGGGAACCCCUCUUUCUCUGUCCCCUGGGGAACCCCUCUGUCCUGGGGAACCCCUCUGUCCCCUGGGGAACCCCUCUGUCCCCUGGGGAACCCCUCUGUCCCCUGGGCAACCCCUUAACAGGAAUAAACUUAUUGUCUGCUAUCGGCACCAGGAAUCAACUUAUUGUCUGCUAUUGGCACCAAGAGGAAUCAACUUAAUGUCUGUUCCUUUAUCUGCACCACGAGGCACCAAGAGGAAUCAACUUAAUGUCUGCUAUGUGCACCAGGAAUCAACACGGUCUGCUAUCUGCACCAACCAUGUGGCAGACCUAGACUGUAAAGGCACAGUGGGAUUAAAGAAUGUAGCCCAACUGACCUGAGAAGUAUUUUUUACUGUCUGUUUCCUCAACGUUCCUAAAGUCACAAACACUUAGAAGCCAACCUGAUGUUUGAUCCAAACGCUUUGAUUUGAAAUAGUUAUGUUUAAUCUUUAUGUUCUUCAAUGUUGUAAUAUAGAAUCACGAAGGGGCAGUAGGGUUGAUGUUAAAAGGUGCUCUCCUGCUGUCGCUGUCGGAUGAAAACUUCUUAUCUCCACAACAGAACAUUUUCAGGAAAUGGGAAAAACUGCCAUAUUUUCCCAUUAACAAUUUACGAAACCUUCAAAGAUAAAAAAAAAAAAAACUAAAAUCAAUUUCUUGUCCUA